AUGCCAUUCGGUCGUAAAUCGCCACUGGAGGCACUGGCCAUGCCCGGUGCCAUUAUCGCUUACAAGUACAGUCAGUACCGGCAGCGCCGGCGGGAGGCCGCCAAUCGCCGGGUCACCGAGCGGGAGCUAACGGCGUUACACAACAAAAUUGAAAAGCUGCUUUGUAAACUGGAGGAAAGUGAACUAGAACCGCCUACAUCGCAGGAAGAUGAAUGCGUUAUCUGCAUCAAUGCUCGGGCUACCAUGCAGACCUCCCCCUGUGGCCACCGCGUGGUUUGUAGACGUUGCUUCGUCAAGACGAUUCAGAGCGCGGUGGCUCAGCGACUUCUACCGUUGCGAUGCGUUAUCUGUCGAGCUCGAAUUAAUCGUUUGACAUCCGGGUCUACUUCCUGGCGGCUGCAAGGAUCUGCUAGUAGCUAUUCAGUGGGCAGUAAAAGCUGGAGCGUUCCAGGGUCAGCCAGUUCGUAUAGCGUCGACGACCCGCGAGUAACCCAAUCUGCCAGCCUCUACUCGAUGAGCUCCGGCUCAUCAUGUAUGUCGGGCAUUUCCAACAUUUCCAGCUGCUCAGGUACUUCCGCCAUGUCUUCCUCAUCUUCAAACAGUGGCAUCGGGGAGCAGCAUCAUUCUCAUCAUCAUCAUCACCUUCAUGCACAAUCUAGCCCAGGACCACACGCGCAUCACAAACACAGCAACGGUACAUGUUCCACCGGUUGCCUAGGAGCAAUUCCACGCAAUCCGACCUACCAGCAUUACUACAAGAAAGGACAAUAUUAUUCUAAGAAUCGUAUUCCGGAGAUGCCAAAUCGCUUGCCACCAAUAAUCGAAUUUAAGAGUCCAACCAGGCACCGCACGCCAUCACCUGCAAAUCCGGGGGCAAGAUUCAAAUACUACACGCAGCCAGGAAAGCCAGCCAACCCAGUGGUCGAGUCGAUACCGCUGUUGAGCAUCGAGAAACCUUCCAAACCGGGACCCUCGAAGUUGAGUCUGAACAGUAAGAUUGCUCCAACCGCUUCCAAGUCGCCAAUCAACAAAACCAACAUGGCCACCGGUAAGCCGGUCACCACCUCACUGAUCACAGCCAUUGGGACACCACCCAGAACACGAGUUAUUUCCGCGGGCAUUACACCUUCCAACAGUCAAUCCAGCAACGUUUGCAAGGGCGCCAGCAAUAAUGGUAGCAGUAGUAGUCAUAAUAGUGGCGGUACACACAGUGGCAAUAAUAGCAACAGUAGUAAAACAAGCAGUAGUAAUGUAAACACCAAGCAAGAUGAAAAAUAUGACAAUAAAAAGAACGAAACGAUCGAAAAGAAGAAAAAAGAAGAGAAACUCAAGCUCAAAGCAGAAAAGGAAGCUCGAAAGGAGGAGAAACGCAUCGCUAAGGAAGAGGAAAAACUGGCAAAAAUGCUAGCUAAAGAGGAGAAAAAACGCGGAAAGAAAGAAGCUAAAGAGCUACUAAUAGUAAACGAGGGUGGAAGCCGGAAAUAG